UGAAAUUAACGGUCAUUUUUUGAACGUGUUUACUUUCCUGUGUUAACAAAUGUUUUAUUGGUACAAAUAAUUGUGAUAAAGCGAAAAUGGAGGCGUCUAAAGAUGCGAUUAGUGUUCGUGUGGCGAGAAUUAACAGUAAUAUAGUUGGGAAAGCUAAAAACAAAGAGAGAAGUGGUAUAUUGACUCGUGAGGCGUUAUUAGAUACAUUACAAGUUUUGUAUGAUGAAUGUACAAUAGAACAACUGCAAAAAUACGAUGCUAAUAUCGCAAAAUUUGCCGAAAAAUACAAACAGGCUUUAAAGGAGAUAAAACAGUUGCGUGUGAAUAUAACAGAUUUUGAAAUAAAGAAUGUUAUUGGUCGAGGGCAUUUUGGGGAAGUUCAUAUGGUGAAAGAGAAGCAAACUGGGGAUGUUUAUGCCAUGAAAACAAUACGUAAAAGCGACGUAAAGGGUUCUUACGAGGAAGAAAGGAAUAUUAUGGCUUUUGGGCAUUCACCAUGGCUUACGUUGCUGCAAUAUGCUUUUCAAGAUCAAACUUAUUUGUUUUUUGUUAUGGAAUAUCACCCCGGGGGGGAUUUGCUGGGGCUGUUGUACAGACAAGGGGGUACAUUGCCGGAAAGUGCAGCUACUUUUUACAUAGCUGAAUUGGUUUUAGCUCUGGCAGAUUUACAUUCGAUGGGAUACGUUCACAGAGACGUAAAACCGGAUAACUUACUUUUAGACCGAUGCGGUCAUUUAAAACUGGCGGAUUUUGGUUCGGCUGCAAAAAUAAACGAGCAGGGUUUUGUCACUGAAAGCCCUCCAGUUGGCACCCCUGACUAUAUAGCCCCUGAAGUUCUGCAAUCGUUGGAGAACAACAAGAAAAAUGCCGGCGCCGGUUAUGGGGUGUGUUGCGAUUUUUGGUCACUAGGGGUCCUAGCUUAUGAGUUAACAAUAGGCAACACGCCUUUUGCCGGGCAAAAUACAACAUCCAUAUACGGGAAAAUAAUGAACCACUCCAAUCACUUAAAAUUCCCGCCGGAUGUAACUUUAAGCCAGGCUUACGUUAGUUUCAUCAAAGGUUUAGUUACCGAUCAGCAAAAACGACUGAACGCCAAACAAAUAAAGUCGCACGUUUUGUUCAAAAACACGCGUUUCGAGAAUUUGUUGAACGAAGUUCCGCCUUACGUGCCGAAAAUUCUCUCUGCCGACGAUACCAGUAACUUCUCGGACGUUCAGAGCAAGAAAAAAACGCCCAGCGUGGAAAAUUUCAAAAAACGCACGCAAUUCACCGGAAAAAAUCUUCCCUUCGUGGGUUUCACGUUCACUCACGACCCGGACGAGUUCGAAAACCCGUACGGCAAUCUGAUGAUAAAAGACGAGGCCGUCAAGAACCUCAAAAGCGAGGUGACGAGCCUGCAAAAAAAAUUGAUCCGCAACGAAGAAAACGCGCAGCAAAAGAAAUCCAUGGAGACCAAGUUCCAGGAAAAAUGCCGGAAGUUGGAGACGUUGGAAUCGCUACGCGACCAGUUGGAGAGGGACAUCGCCAACAACAUCGCCGAAUGCACCGCUCUAAAACGCACCUUGGAGCUGGAGCGCAAGGAUAGGGUGGAGUUGGAGAGGAAAGCUUUGGAGUUGAUCAAGUCGGCCAAGACCAAGUGGGAGGGGGCGGAAAAGGUUAAAAUCGACGGUAUGGCGUUGGAGAUUGAGCAGCAAAAGGUUAAAAUUGCCGAGUUGACGGCCACGAAUAAGAUGCUGAAUGAUCAAUUAAAAAGAGCACUACAGUCUGAGGGGGCUCAUAGAGAGUCUUUGGAGACUGUUCAUAAUUUGAGUAGGAGGAGUGUGGUGGGUUUGGAGUCGAGGUUGGAGAGAAUCACUUCCGACUCUCAGAACGCCAUACACGAUUUGCAGAGUAAACUGAGCAGGGAAAUAUUCGCCAAAUUGAGUUUGGAGAAGGAACUGAGAAAAUUAAAAGACUCUUAUGCGGAUUUGACGAAGAAACUAGAGACUUCCCUGGACGAAAACAAAAACCUCGGCGAGAAACUCAAAGAAAACGAGAACCAAGUCGCGAAAAUCGCGGAGAAACUUAAAGAAAUGGAAAAACUCACCACCCAAAUCAAAACCUACAAAAACCGUGUAACCGAUCUUCAAAAUACCAUCGACAACGGCCAAAAGAUAGUCAAGGACUUCGAAAACAAGUUGACUCUCCUUAAAAUGGACAACAAAAAUUUGGAGGAGCAGAACAAAUUGUGUGAUAGCCAGAGGAAUGAGCUCAACAAAAAGAUCAGGGAAAUUGAGAGUCAAUUGGUUGAAGAGCAGGAUAAAAAUGCUUCACUGAAAACAAAAAUUAAGGAAUCAGAAAAUUCUGUAACUGAGAGUCAAGAACUCAGAGAGUUCAGAACAAAGUUGUGGAGGAUGGAGAAAGAGUUCAGCAACUGUAAAAUCGAUAAAAGAAUAGUGGAGAGGGAAUUGAAGGAAGCGCAGGAGGAAAUUAAAACUCUAACGGAAAAAAUAUCGAAGUUCGACGAAAAAGUGUCGGAAACGAAAAAAUCGAGCGAAACCGCUCUUUUGGAGAUGAGCAGGAUAAACGAGGACAUCUCGUUGGAGUUGAUGAAAAUGAAAGAUAGCUACAGGAAUUUGCAGGAAAAGUUGGAAAACGAGCGUAAAAAAUCCGACGACGAAGAAACGAUUAUUAAGGAGUUGAAGAAAAUCUGCCAGAAUGGUAACGAAAAAAUCGCCUCGAUGAAUAGAGAGAUUGCCACGUUGGAGAUGGAGAAGAAAAAUAUGGAAAACCACGUGAGGAAGAAUGAGAGCGAAAAAGCUCGACUUUUGGAUUUGGUUGAUAAUCUGCAGAAGGAGAAAUCCGAGUUGUUCAACAAUUUGGAGAAAUCCAAUAGGGAAAUUAAGAAUAUUCAGUUGAAUCUCGAAGCUCUACGCGAAGCCUCAACGCUUUUAGAAAACCAAGUAAUAGAAUACGAACGCAUAAUAAAAUCGUUCGAAGAAAAAGAAUCGUCUCUAAACUCGAACACGGAAAAGUUAAUCAAAGACUUGUGCAACGCAAAGACUGAAAUACAAGAGGCCAAAAAACUGGCCAACGAGCAAAAAUCUCUAAAAUUACUGGCGGAGACCAAAGUCAAAAGAUGCAACGAAGACGUUCAGUGCUUGCAAGGGGAAUGCAAGAGCUACAAGGAACAGUGCGUCGAGUAUAAAAAAUACUCGACGCAGCUGUCUGAAGAGCUUACGAUGGCGGAGGAGAAAAUCGCUGAUCUGGAGAUGACGGCGAAAACGCUGGAGAGGCAGAACAAAGACUGUCAUCGCGAGAACAACAUAUUGAAAGAGGAGUUGACGGAUCAUCUGACGAAAAUUAACUCCUCCAAAGAGCACAACUACAAGUUAAAUCAUCAGUUGAGAGAUGUGCAGGAGAGCAGGUCUGUUUUAGCUCAGCAACUUCAGGAGUUGGAGAGAAUUUUCGCGGAGAAAAUUAAUUACUACAAGGAGAGGGAAUUAAAGGCUGAAGCUACCAUUGGUCAGCAGAUCAAGCUGAUUGACUAUCUGCAGACCAAGAUCGACGAAAACUCGCAAAAAAAACGCACCAUCUCCGACCGCCUGUUCGGCUCGUCCAAAAAAGAAAACCACCCGCCUAUAAUGGCGAUGAACUACAAGGAUCUCGAGCAACAGCUCUCCAAAGAGCGCAGCAACAGCCGCAAGCUCCAGGAGGAAAUAUUCCGCCUGAAAGCGGAAGCCACCAGCAACGCGACCGACAGAUGCACCCCGAAAGUGGAAAGGCACAGAUCCGAGGUGGCCAAUUCCAAGAUCAGGGAGGCCAUGAGGGAGAUCGUGAACUCCCCGGGGCAUCAGAAGGAGAUGCUCAGGCAGAACUCCUCCAAAAGGAUGCAUCACAACAUCCCGCACAGAUUCGAAUCGAAGAUGUGCUCGAAACCGACGCAGUGCGCGCAGUGCGGCAACCAGGUGAUGCUCGGCAGGCACGUGAGCACGUGCACCGAGUGCCACGUGCACGUGCACGCAGGGUGCGCGCAGGCGCUGCCCAGGACGUGCGGUUUGCCGCACGCUUUUGCCGAACACUUUCGGGAGAGUUUGACAAAGUUGAGCGUGGAGAAGGAGAGUGCGAAUGGUAGAAAUGAGGAGAGCAGAGCGGGUUGCGGGCCCGUACAACACGAGGGGUGGAUCAAAAUACCAAGCAAAUCAAACACGUGGGAAAAACGGUACGCCUCCCUUUCGGAAAACUACAUUACAGUGUAUUCCGAACCCCCUUCGCCAUCCUGCCCAUCCACGCCGCUGGAACAGUUCGAGCUGAAACCGGAAGACACUUUUGGGAGGGUGAUUUUGGAACCUCUCGCCUCCGAAAUUGACGUUCCUGUCGCUAGCAGCGACUUGCCUUUCAUAAUUAAGGUGGAAGUUGGGCCUAAAACCACCUGUUGGCCUCCGAAAAACUUCGUGCUGAUGACUUUGUCGGCUCAGGAGACUGAUAAGUGGUAUAAUGCUCUACAAAACGCAUACCAAGACGAUCAGGCCGCACAAAAACCCACCACGAUUCUCACCCUACCCGACGGCAUAACGGUAAACUGCAUAACCGACCUGACGGAAAACAUAAAAAUCCUCGGCACCGACAAAGGCCUCUACUCGUACCACAACGAAACCCUUUUGCACAUAGACGGACCGACAAGCGUUCAACAAAUCGCGACCGCUGCUGGAACAAACUGCGUGGCGAUGAUUGUAAAUCAAAAAAGCGUGGUCAUAUCUUGCGAUUUAAAUCACUUGAUCAACUUAACGCAAUGCGCUAGCUGCACCAAACCUGCGUUGAAGCACCAGAACGUCAAGGUUAAUGGUUUGACGGGGUUUCAGUUCUUAAACGGGUCUAGCAACGCUAAGCAGCACAAAAUCGCGGUGGCCACGGUGAAGCAGCUGGUGAUUUUGACGUACGAUUUUGAGGUGGGCGAGUUUGUAGCUGAGAGGGUUUUGGAUACGGCGGAACCGAUAAGUUGCGCUCUGUUCACUGACAAUACCAUCAUAGUGGGGGCGGAUAAAUUCUUUGAAAUCGACCUCAGUACGUAUGAAGCUGAGGAGUUUCUCGACGUGUCCGAUGCGAAGCUGAAACACGCCGCGAAGUGCCACAAGAUGGGUUCAUUCCCCUUGUCAGUGGUGGAGACGAACAAAAACCCCAGAGAGUAUUUGUUGUGUUUCAACGAAUUCUCGAUCUUUGUGGACGAAUACGGUAGGUCCUCGCGAAGCUACGACUUGAAAUCCACCCUCCUACCACUGGCGUUCCACCACGUUAAACCGUACUUGUUCAUCUCUCAAUUCAACGGCGUGGAACUCCUUAACAUUCCCGAACAUUCUGACGAAACCGUCAAAAUCAUAACGCGCUUGGAUGUGGGAAAAAUGAGCUACCUGGGCGGCAAUAAAAAGGGCGUGUACGUCGUGCAGAACAACGCCAUAAAAUACGUCGAUAUAAAAAUGUUACUGCAAGCGGACGACGACAGUCUGCUUGCAAGCGAAUCCGCAGAGAACAGCGGAAGCGACCGAUUCAGUUUCACGAGUUCUAUGGUGCAGAGUCUGGAUGGGAAUGUCAGCGACGAUGAGGCCGAUAAAGUCAAGAAAGUCACUUUUUGUCGGACGGAAAUGUAAUUGUAACUCGUCCUAGGAUCUAAGAAUACAAAUACCAUUGCUAGAUUUUGUUUUUGUUUACUUGCCUUUAUUAAAUUAAUACUAUUGCUUGCAGUUUGUUCUCAUUUUAUUUUUAAAUUGUAUAUACUUGAUAUUUUUUAAUACAUAUUAU